AUGAAAGGCGACGGAGCAGCUGUGUGGUUGGACCGUGAGUGGCAGCGAGGAAUAGUAUGCACUCCGACCAUGAGCGAUAAAGUGACAACCUUGGACGUGUUCCUUAUCGACGUCGGAAAGACGGUUAACAUAUCAAAAGAUCAGGUCUUACCUUUGCAUAGUUACUACAACAACAAGCCUCCGUUCGCUGUCUGCUGUUCUAUUGGCUGUUUCGACAUAUUUCAUGGGAGGCGUCCUGACUUGGUGGACGAGUGUUACAAAAUGGCAGUCGCUCUAUUGAAAGCGAAACCGGAAACGUUGCUGGCCGAGAUUAAAGACAAGAUCUGGGACAACAAGGAGAAACUGAAAGUGCGGCUGUGCUAUCGUCAGUCGAAGCCAGCUAUUUUCAUCCCGGACUACUUGGUCGAAGACAAGAUCAUCGAUCUUCGAUAA